AUGGCCAAGUGCAACCCAUGGAAGGUUGUCCUGCUGGUAGUUGCCGUGGUUGUCUAUAUCACCAUGUCAGCUUUCAAUGCUCUGGCAGGAACUGGGCCUUCAAUGGAAAUUACUUAUUUUACUCCACCAUUGGACCAGGUUAAGGGAACUAAGCUAGAUCACAAUCGGGGGCCCUUUGUCUCUUUGUGCAGUCUGUUAAAAAAUGUAUCUGACAAAUACAGAACUGACUUCACCCCAGCAGGCUGGACAUUCGGUAUCUGGGGAGUCAUUUACCUAUGGCAAGCAUUAUGGAUAAUCUAUUCAUUGACUGGAUUAUGCAGAAGGAAAGCCCAGGCAUGGAUACAUUCAGUAGUGCCCUAUCCAUUUUUCAUCAUAUGGAUUAUAAACAACCUUUUCAACAUAGGUUGGAUUUUCCUUUGGGAUAGAGAGUAUUUGAUCACAGCUCUUGUUUUCCUGGCCUUGAUAGCUUUUACAAACUACACUGCUCUCUUCUUUUCCUAUUAUGCUCUGAACAAACAGGGACCUUGGUUACAAAAGCAUAGCAAGGUCGAUCUGUGGCUUGUCAGAAUAUUGGUACAGAAUGGAAUUGUAGUUUAUGCAACAUGGCCAACCAUAGCAACAUUACUUAACUUUGCAAUUGAACUGACGUAUAGUGCCAAUGUUGAUAUUUACACAUCUGGCACAGUCGCCUUGUCCAUCCUUGCUUUUCAAGUGGUUUUGUGGUAUGUACUGGUCCUAUUCUGUUUGGAGAAUUUUGUGCUGGACAAGUAUGUGCACUAUACACUUACAGUCUAUCCAGUUGUCAUAGUGGCAUUGUCAGGAUUUUUAAACAAUAACUUCAACAUCAAUUCCCCAAGCAGGAACAACAUUUAUAUUGGUGAGUAUGGACAAGAUUUUGAAGAAGAAGUAUGA